AUGGUGAGGUGGUCGUACAGCAACAGCAAUAAGAAGCUGAAGCAGGAGAACUCAGCUUAGGCAGAGUAGCUUCCAGUUGCGCUGACCCACAAGGCAGGGAUGCAGCGUGACUUGGAGGAGCUGAAAAACAAACUGGAGAUUGCAGACCUUAUGCUUCAGCAGUUGUCUAGCUGCUGCGAAGCCCUGGAUGCUAACCAGCAGUUACAGCAGGCCAUGGAAGAGCGGGCACAGCUGGAAGCAUACCUGGGGACUGUGAUGGAGUGGCUGCAGUAUCUACAAAUGGAGAGCCAGUGUGCUGAGUAUCUCCAUGGAGAGCAUGCCGUGUGGCAGAGGAUGCAGGAGACGUCGGAGCAGGUUUGUGCAUUGAAGAAGGAGAAGAAGCAUGACCUGCAUCAGGUACAGGAGCUGGAGACAAGCUUGGCUGAACUGAAGAAUCAGCUGAACCCCUACCCUUGGAGCUCCCAGCAGGACCUUCGGAGGUGGAGCAGCAGCUAUAAGCUGAGGUCAAGCACCUGUGAAAAGAGCUGGAGAGUCUGGCAGGACAGCUCCAAGCCCAGGUGGAAGCCAGUGAGGGCUUGA